AGCAGACUAUCCUUGACAGAGACCAGACGUCCCAUCUUCUGAAGACAUUAAGGAUCCCAUGAGUUCAGGUGGCCUCCAGAAGUCAAAAAAGUCUUGCUAUGUCUUACCAAUGUUGUACAAUAUGACUAGUGCACAAGAGUCAGAAGUUCUCGCUCUUGAGAAGAAAAUUCAACCUCAAAUUCCACUGUACAUCACAGCUAUGGACAAGACAAGUGUGGCAAGUGGAUCACUGGUCUUCUGUAAGGAUUAUGCUGUCAGAUAUCUUCUUGACCAAAAUAGGACCAUCAAACUAUGUCAAUCUGGUGGUAGCAAGACAUGGGACAUCAGUUUGGACAUGGACACUGAUGAUCUAUAUGCCCUCUCUACUGGCUGGUUGGACUUCUUUCGCUGCAAUCUGUUGCAAGAAGGUGACAUCUGUGUAUUUGAAGCUUCAAAGAGCAAGAGAGGAGUGGCAUUAACAUUUCAUCCUUUCAAAGAAAGUCAUUGCCCAAAGUCAUCAGAAUAUACCCUUUCCACCAAGAGUCCUACACGUAGAGUUCCUAAGCGGGACUAUUUUGCAACAAAUCUUACUAAUCUAACUGAUCAACAAGAGAGGAAGGUUAAAAACAAAAUAAAAUCUAUACAGUCUGAUAUCCCCAUUUUCUUGUCUGUCAUGCGCAGUUCCAACUGUACCCGUCAAAGUUCUCUGUGCUUCAGCGUGAAAUACGCUUCAAAGUAUCUCCCACAUAAAGACCAAAAUAUGAGGCUGCGGCUGCCGGAGACGAAAUAUAAGUGCAAAGCUGCGUUACAUAUCGACACAAGCACCAAUCUUCACAAGCUUCUCAAAGGCUGGGGGAAAUUUGUCAACGAUAACAAAUUAGAAAUACAUGAUAUCUGCCUCUUCCAGCUUAUGAAAAACAAGAAAAAGCUUACAAUGACCGUCCAUAUCAUUCGAAAAGGCGAGUGCAGUUGAUCCAUAUGUUGCUGCUGCUCUGGGUGUUUUGUAAUAAAGGUGGUGCUUUUGUACUAGAAACGCCAUGCUUGUGGAUAGGGUACUGGUGUUCCCUCUCUUUCGAAUUACCUGCAACAAACUAUUAAUGUGCCGAACCUUCUAGUUUUAAGAACUUACAGUAAAUGGUUAUGAUGUUGCUUCCUGGCC